CUUCCAUUAUCGCCGGCUUAUUUCCUAGGCAUUCUCGUAGCCUUGCAAAUACAAACAGUUGUACAUGCUACUAAUUUUAAUCUGCAAUGUCAAACACGAACAGGGGAGGAAAAACGGCUUUUAAAAACACAAUUGCAACCAUGCGGCUCCUCAAAUAUCAGUCAUGGAGACAAAAUGCUCAGUAAAUGCUCCAAUUAUAAUAUUUACUAGGUAUAAUUUAUUUGUGUCUGGGCUACAUAAGUAUCAAUGAGCUGUCCCGUCGGAGUCAGUAAAUCUGUCAGAAGCAGUAAUGGUUAUGAAUGAUAUUAUUAAUCUCUCUACAUUUUAUGGCCUGCAGUUCCCACUUACCUCUGCAGUUCUAUAAGGGAGCAUAUGGUUAUUUUCAAACACAUCAGUUUCUCUCACUGAAGGCUUAAAGUAAUAAUAAUUGUAAACAAUUCAGAUGGUUAGCUUUGGGCACAUGCAAUGGUGUUGGUUAUCUACCCUCUUUUUCUCUGUGACGUUGCCUUUUGCCAGUCUGUCAAACAGUAUCGUUUUUCAAAACACCACCUGACCACCAACUCUGACCUCGAUUAGAUUACUUACACUGUUACCGCUAAGCUUUAAAGUAAUGCUGUCCAGCGCUGCUGCAUUUACCCUAAGAGCUUCAUGAAAAAUAGCGUUUCUGGGAUGCCUUCAGUACCUGGAGCCUUAAGAGGUGCACCUUAUGGGAAUUACAUUUGUCAUAUGUUUCAAGGAGCCUCAUGGGCCGACAGAUCUCCCCUUCAUGAAGCUGCCUUUCAAGGGCGCCUCCUCUCGUUGAAAACCUUGAUAGCACAGGGGUUCAAUGUGAACAUUGUUACAAUAGACCAUGUUUCUGCUCUUCACGAGGCUCGCUUGGGUGGUCAUGUUGCUUGUGCAAAAGUGUUACUGGAACAUGGUGCUCAGGUGAAUGCAGUCACUAUAGAUGGGAUCACACCUCUGUUUAAUGCUUGCUGUCGUGGCAGUGCCCCUUGCGUCGAUAUGCUGCUUGAAUUUGGUGCCCGGCCGCGGCUGGAGAAUCAUUUUGCUUCCCCAAUUCAUGAAGCUGUCAAGAGAGGCCACAGGGAGUGUAUGGAAAUUCUUUUAGCCAAUGGUGUUGAUGUGGACCAAGAAAACCUACAGCAUGGAACAGUACUGUAUGUGGCCUGUGUGAAUCAAAGGACAGACUGUGUCAAGAAACUUUUAGAACUAGGAGCUAGUGUCAACCUGGGUAAGGGACUGGACACACCACUUCAUGCAUCCGCUAGAAAAUCAAGUGCAGAAAUUGUCAACUUGUUAACAGACUAUGGGGCCAGCUUGAAAUGUAGAAAUUCCGAAUUAAAAUGUGCUCUUGAUCUUGCUGCACCUAAUAGCUCUGUUGAACGGGCACUGUUGCUUCGGGAAGGCCCUCCUAGGCUGGCCCAACUGUGCCGACUGUGUAUCCGAAAAUGCUUGGGCCGAUCAUGCCUUUAUUUAGUCCACAAACUACACUUACCUGAACGACUUGAAGAUUUUCUUUUGUUCCGAUAACCUUACAGUUCUUUGUAGGCUAAUAGAAUCAAUGAAAAAGAUUGUUUACUCUUAAUGUAAUGAAAACCAGGGUGAAUAUUAACAAAGGCAUAUGAAGUUUAAAAACGUAAUAUAGCAAGCUUGAAAAGAGCAUCUGUGCAUUAUUUUCUGUGCAAAGCUUGUUUUGGACGUUGAAAGUUUGCUUUUCAAAUGUUUAGCCAAAAUGAAGCAGUUUCUAUGUAGUCACAGCAAAAUGGGCUCUAGGGUUCUUCUCAUACCUUCCCAAUGGUUUAUUGUACCUCUUUGUAUUAGAGCACAACAUCCGCAGCACAUCCAUAUUCCUACAUUUUAACCAGUGUAUAUGUUCAGUAAGUCCAUUAAAUGUUUUUCAUUUUAAUUAAACACACCUGAACUUACCUGAAAGUUUCUUUGUUCUUUGUUAUUUGAUAAGCAGAGCAUAUAAUUCAACUGUCAUAUGCUUUUUAAGGCCACUAAAAUUCAGAACAGGAUUAGCCCAACGCCUAGAAGAUGAAAAUACAACUGGUAUAACAACAAAGUCAUACUUUCUCAUCUGCUUUAAAAGAGGAGGAAGGGGAUCCAUUAAUGUUGACAUUAUCACAGGCACAUACAGUAUGAAGCGGAACAAACGGAUUCACGGGAAAUGGUUGAUUGCUUAGUUUCUGAAAAGAUAAAUGACACUGAAUCAGUAACAUCUAGUCCAUUAUAGAAAACAGUUCUCUUUCUGCCUGUGAAAAUUACCUGUAUUUUUUGCCAUUAAAAGCUAACUCUACGUAUAUGUACACAGGAGCGCUCUCUGAGACCAGGUGAACAUUUUGAAUCUUGGUGGAUCUAUUUCAGAAAUGUUUUGCUAGGGUUGGUUGACAUACUUCCAAAAGUAAAAACCAGAGCCCCUAAGUUGUUGAGCUUUUUUUUAGACAAACCCCUAAGUUUGAGGCGUUUCCCUCCCAAAAAACACAAAUGUGCUUUUUCAAUAAUUAACUUGCUUAAGAUCCAGAUUCCAGGACAAAGCGUCACCUUUUCGGCAAUUUACCCUAGAUGUUAAUUCCGUCUUUGAAAUCCCAGACAUACGGCAGCCCUAGUUUUGUUCUCUCUUCCACAAAACACCAGUUCGUUUUGUCAAAUAUGAAACUUUUUGCCAAUUCAUGUUCACUAUUCCCUGUGAUAUCCGAGUGCCAAGCAAUCUCACUAUUAUUUAGACAGAGUGCACAGUAAUGCAGGUUUACUGCUGCAUUGCUCAGAGCCAGUUAUGUGACAAGGUGACUUGUCUGACGCAUAAGAAAAUGCCAAUGACCCAUCUAGUCUAGCAUCCUGUUCUCACAGUGGACAAACAGGUGCCUGUGGGAAAUAUGCAAGCGACCUGUUCCA